AUGAGCCGACCGCGCCGACAAGUGCGUGGCCUCAGUGCUGGGCUUCCUGCUCAAGCACCUUCGCGGGAGAUUGUAGAUGCGGUGGCCUCUCGCGAGGCUUCGCUGCGGCGCUUGCAGCGCCUGGCUGGUGAUUUUGCCGAGGGCCGUUUGGAAGCCAGCGAGGCACAGAGGGAGCUGGUGGACUCUCUGCUCCACUGUCGAGCUUUGUCUUUGGAUGUCGUGGAAGCCUUCGAGAAGUGGCCCAAAUGGUCGAAGUCGUUUGCACCCGGUCUUCUGCAGGGGGAUAUCUCGGUUGAGGAUGACUUCCAGGAGGUCUUUGGACCAUCCACGUCCCCGAACAAAAGCUUCCGAAGCGGGGGCUGGGACCUCGGUGGUGGUUGGAGCUUCCCGGCCGUGCAGUCGGACGAGGCUCAGUAUUCAGGCUGGGGCGUUCCUCCCUCUACUUCGCAUUACAGCGCUCGAGAGGACGACUACAUGCCUGAAGGACGAAGACUUGCAGACCCGGAGCCUCGGAACGGCUGGGGCCUGCCCGACGACUUGGACGCAGGCCCAGGUAGUGCCCUGCGCUGGUUCGUCACUGCUGCCGCAGUGCAACACCAGCUGAUGCCAGCUUACCUGCCGCAGGAGCGCUACGUGGCCAGCUGUCCGCGCCCGUCAGCUAUGACGCCACAGAUUUCUUAUCCAGCAGGCUGCAAUGUCAAUGUUCAGGAGCUUUCCACCUCCGUCGGCCUCAGCUGUGGCGUGCAGCGGAGGCAGCUUGCGCAGCAGAUCGAGAGCGGCCACAGGGCCGCAAUGAUCUGCAAGAUGCGAGCUGCGAGAAGGGUGCGGACAUUUGCGUGGGCACUCGAUGUUCGCUUGACCUUGGGAGGUGAUGUUCUGAGGAACACUUUGGAAAUCUACCGUGCCUGCGACAGAAGCGCAUCGGGCAAUCUGCAAUGGGCAAAUGGUGAGAUCCAGGAUGGUGUCUGCGAGUGCGCAUGGCAGUAUCGCCUGCAGGAGUUCAUCUCGCUGGUUUUCCAGCAGCACGGCUUGCCGCCCCCGAGCCCGACGGACAUGUACCAACUCUUCCUCCGCUUUGAUGAGGACAGAAACAGUGUACUGGACGCCCGGGAGUGCGUUUGCAUGGUGGAUGCACUGCCUAGUGGUUUCGUGCCGGCGCUGCCAUCUAAUUUGUCAGUUCCAUCGACACGACCAGUUCUUUCUCGCGGUCCCAGUGUCGUCGUGUCAACCGAAGGCCGGCCGCGCACGCCUUCUCCUCGCUUCCUUGAUCCGCAGGGCUACGCUCCCAGCCGCUUAAACCCAGUGACGCUUCAAGCCAGCUCUGUGCCGGUUCUGCAGCCACGGCCCGGGCAGGCCCCAGGUGUCUCGCUGAGACCGGCCGCGCAGUCGAUCAGAUCCAUGCCUAUGAUGCCACAGUCUAUGCCCGUGAUGCCCAACUCGGUUCCCCAAGACGGGGAGGAGGAUCACCUACUGAUCCCCCACCGGAUCGAGGAUAUGGGCGAUGGUGUUUCGCGCCGGCCUCCGCAGAACCAGCAGAAGCCACCCGCUUGGCAUGCCAUCGAGGAGCGCCCGCACUUGCUGGAAGUGGAGCUGCAGGAGUUGGAGCUGCACCCAGACGCACCGGACCUUCAACCAGGGAUGUUCGAGUCGCUCAAGUACUUCGUCUCUCUGCAUCCCCGCUCCGAGGAGCCCGACCACAUUCCACUCCCUCGUGAUGCACCGCUGCAGACAGUGGAUGGUCACUACAUCGUGUCGCAGGCGCAGAGAGCUGCCAAGCCCGGUCUGCAGGUCGGCAUUUUUGCUGGGGACGAUGAUGAAAGACCCAACCAGAAUCCUGUGGAGCCAUUCUCGUUGCGAAUGGAGAAGCUGGAUCAUCAUCUGGUGGCUUAUGUGUGGGCAACGAAGGGUACCCUUCUCGCCACUCCUGUGACCACGCCCAGACAUGUCGGGUCAGUGCCGGCGAAUUUUAAAGGCCAUCGCGUGGCGGAGAUGAGACUGAAGUACCACGUCUGCACCACCCCAGCUGCUGUAACCGACAUGGCGAUGGCGGACGUGAAGCAGACUGAGGUGACAGUCAAGUGGUCGCCUCCGAAGAACGAUCACGGAGCGCCCAUCAUCGGAUACAAGAUCUCCAUACUGCUGGACCCACAGCCGAACGAGCUGCCGGAGUGGUACACGCUCUGCGAAUGCACGAAAUCGCUGAACCCAUUGUACGUCGUUGCGAACCUCAGGGGCAACACUGCUUAUCUCCUGGAUGUGCGUGCUGUGAACAAAGUAGGCGCCGGAGACGCUGGGGAGUUUGAGAUCGUGACGGCACCGAUUCCUCCGGAUCCACCGAGCAAGCCCUGGAUCGAGGAGGCACGGGACGGAUGCCUCAACGUCGCCUGGACACCUCCUCGUGGGGAUGGACCCGGGGGCCGAGAGGGGAGUGCAGGAACGCUGGAGCUGGGCCUCGUGGACUUGGCAGUCAGAGUGGUGAAGAUGUUAAAAGUCUGUGUUUUACUGGCCUACGCCCCGACAGGAACCCAUUCGGACCAGGAGAAGCAGCUGCGAGCUGGGUGGAUGGGUUCAGUGGGAGCAGCAACCGGCCAAGAGGAUGCCUCCAUGUACAACGCCUGGGUAGGGCCUUUGGAGCUCGGCGCCUGUGAAUACCGCUUCCAGGUGACGGCUUUGAAUAAGCUGGGCGAAAGCAAGGCCUGCUGCACCUCUGCUUUGCUGGUGAGCGUGACAUAG